AACCCCCAAGAUGGCGAAGGACCAGAAGGUGUCGAUGCCCAAAGAGGCGCAGGUUAUGAGCGCCAUUCUCAAGGAUAUGGGCAUUACGGACUACGAGCCGGGAGUUAUUAACCAGAUGCUUGAAUUCACGUACCGUUACGUGUCCCAGAUCCUCGAUGAUGCAAGGGUAUAUGCCAACUAUGCUAAAAAGAUCAAGACAAUUGAACUUGAUGAUGUCAAACUGGCCGUCCACAUGCAGAUGGAGAAGUCCUUCACAACUCCGCCUCCGAGAGAUUUAUUACUGGACUUAGCAAGGACCAGAAAUGCAAACCCUCUGCCAGCAAUCAAAGCUAACCAGCAUGGUAUCAGAUUACCACCAGAUCGUUAUUGCCUCUCUGCUUGCAACUAUCGCAUUAAACCUUCAAGAAAGAAAAUCUCUGGCAUUUCAACUAGUGGUAUAGGGACAUCUGGUCGCCUAACUCUUGGCUCCACCAACACAAGCAUGAAAAUCAGUGCCACUCCCAUGAAGCCCACAAUCUCCAUGGUGACGACAAAGACCGGUAACACCCAGACGGUCACCUUAGUACAAAAGCCAGCCACUGGCAUAUCCUCAGGACCCACACAGAAGAUUGUCAGUGUAAACAGGCCUGUGUUUAAGGUCACACCUGGACCCCCAGGUGGAAGCACGCCCAAGAUUCAGCUGUCUGCCGGGAACAGCAAUGUCAUGAUGAACGUCACCUCAGGAUCAGGACUGAAGAUGGAAGUGGAUUCUUCAGCCAAAAGAAAACGGGAAGAUGAUUCUGACAGUGUGCAAUAACCUUUGUUUUCACACUUUUUGUUGUGCAGAGCUUCUUAAUAGUUUGUGAUGUAAAUUUUCCCUUUUUUUAUUUUAAUUUUCUUAAAUAUAACUAUGGUUUGUUCAAAGUUCUUUCAUGAAACUGAAUGCAAGUUCUGAUUGUGAGUAGCAUUCUGUAGACAUGUCUUUUAGGAAGUAAAUGUAGUUACAUAAUUACAAAUGAAUGACAUGUUUAGAUUAGGCUGGAUGUAAUUAAGAAUGUGUUGGUUGUUUUUAUUAUGUAAACCUUUUUCAACCUGUAAUGUUUUUGUAAAGAUCUUGAAUAAACAAAUAUCAUAAUGAAA